GCAGACGCUUAACGACUGAGCCACCCAGGUGCCCCUCUCCUUCUUUUGACCGUGGCCCAUGGGAAAAUAUGGUCAGCAUUUACCUGUGCCACUGCCCAAAGAACCCAUCAUGCGUGUUUGUACAAUUUAUUUUGCAUAUAAUGAUAUGCUACCUAAAAGCACGUAUUUACCUCUCUGGGCUUUCAUUCUCUUUCCUUCUCCUCAAUUUUGGGGUACAAAUAUAUGCGCUUUCUAAUGCAUUCAUCAGCGUCCUGGUUUCGCCUUAGCAGGUUGCCGCAUGCCAACAGCACCCCCAGUUUCUCACUCCUCCUUCCCUGUUACAGGACUUUCUCUGGCUUGGCUGGUUCUUUCUGACCCGGGCUGAGUUCUGUGUUUUGUUGAAGGCAUCUGUGACAACAGUUAGGUUUUUAGGUUUUUAGCAAAUACUUGGAUUAAGGGACCACUUUGGGCUCCCUCGUUCAGGAACUAGAGUAUAUGUCAGCUUGAGCUGAGCCUGGGAGAAUACCUGAAAGGAGCGUUUGUUUUUGUCUUCCUCCCAAGGACUGGGGGCAGGAAUCCAGCCCAGGCUGUGAUGUGUGUGUGUGUGUGUAUUAUUCUGAACUGAGCUGCGUCAGACCCUGUUACAACCUGCUUGUGACCUCAGCUGCAUAAAUCCUCAGUGGAAACCCAUUAAUGCUUGCUGUCUCAUUCCACAUACUCCUUUGGAACUAGUUCACUGUCGUUCUCCAGAUGUCUUUGGGGGACAUCACGUCAACUGGCGUCAUCAUUUCGGGGAAUUCUGCUGCAGCGUGCCAGCUGCUGGGUCCCCCACUGUGGAGCUGUGUGACUCCUUUCACUGUAAAGUAUCUGGAGGCAAAAUUGGGGGGCAAACAAAGUAAUCCUUUGCAGUGUUCUGAGAAAAGUUUUAAAAAAUUCUUGACCAACAGGACAAUUGAUUACUUUCAAGACACCCCGAAAGGUGUCGGUAUCAACUUUGCAGAGAGGGGAGCUGUUGAAAGAGUCCCUGCGUUGGUCCUCACGGGCAUCUUAGAGACAACACGGGUCAAAGAAUUGAGAUCUGGAAUCUGAUCUCAACUCUGCCGUGGGCGAGCUGUAUGACCGUGGGCAAGUUGCUCCGUUGCUCUGGGCCUCAGUUUUCCUAACUACAAAAUAAUGGGAUUGGUCCACCGCUGUUUAAAAUAUAAAAAUUAGGAGACUUGAUAUCUAAACUUCAGGUUCCCAGCUUUAAAAAAAAAAAAAAAAACAAUAACAAAAAGACUGGAUUCUCUAACACCGUGGUGUUCCCUGCCUCGGCCCCGAUGAGAAUUGAGUUUGCCAUUCCGGCUUCAGGCCUUCUUGUCUUUCUCUUUAAUCAUGAUCAAAUUCUUCUCUCUCUUCUUGUUUCUUUGCUACUGGUAGGACUACAUUUGGCUCAUCUUUGUGUUCAGGUUAGUAGGUGCUCCCGAAAUAUUUGUUGAAAUGUGAUUUUUUUUUAUCCUUUCCUUGUCCAUCACAAAUGAAAAAAGGAUACUCAAGCUUCUGAAAGGCUUACCUAUGAAAGCUUGUUUCCUUCCCCGCAUUUCCUUUCUAGGCUCCAGCGUCCAUGUUCUUUAGAGUAACUGGCAAGAAAAUGGAGAACCUAUAUUUUUCACGUGGUCUCUUAAUAGCUUUGCCUUUUUUUUUUUUUUUUAAGAUUUUUAAUUUAUUUGUCAGAGAGAAAGAGCACAAGCAGGGGGAGCAGCAGAAGCAGAGGGAGAAGCAGGCUCCCCGCUGAGCAAGGGACUCGAUCCCAGGGUCCUGGGAUCAUGAUCUGAGCUUAACUGACUGAGCCACCCAGGUGUUCCUUAAUAGCUUUGCCUUAUAACUAGAGGUGAUUUACCCUUCCGCCUCAGUCUUGUCUCCACUGCGCAUCUUCAAUUAUAGUUGUCAACGUGCAUUUAUAACAUGACUUCUGAAUGUUUCUGGCAAGACCCUGAGCCCCAUGGAAGCAGGGAAUUUAUUCUUCCUUACCCUCUAUGCUUCCUCUUCUCAGAUCCUGGCACAUACUGGACCUCUUAACGUUUGGUUGUUGAAUGAACUUGAAGUAACCCCAUGACCUCUGUGAAGUGAUGAGAUCCCAGGAGCCUCUUUAGUUUUCUGAGUCUUUAUUCAGUGCUCCCUAUACUUGGCUACAGUAGGACACGGAGAAGUUUCCUUUCCCUUGAUUCCAUUUUCUCAUGAAAAAGCAUGUCACCCUGUUCUUGCAGUGGGAGGGUGAAGCUCAUUUUUAACAAAUAGCACAAGUUAAUCUGGAGCACAUUUCCCCACCCUGAAAAUUCUUAUUGUCUGCCAGACAGUAGCUUUGGCCCGCUGUGUCACCCACCAGGGUUUUAGAUGGUACAUGUCAGAAGUGUAAUUGCUCACGUAAUGGUCAGCCUCAGCGACCGCUUCUGUCUAGACGUUCCAGUUUAUCAUCUCGUAGGCCCGUCAGAAUCACUCUGGAUGGCAUUUAUGGGCCGCACCUUCACAAUUUGCACUCCAAGCAACUCGAUCCUUCAAGUGGGGCUCACAGAUGAGUAAAUAAGAUGUGUGGUUAUUCCCCACAGUUUUGCUUGACUUGUACCAAAGGAGGGGAUUUUUUUCUGGUGAUUAUACAGUAGUUGGCGGGCCAGGGUGAGGGCGAUAGUCUGAUGAAAUAAUUACUGCUAGCUGGAUCCGAAUCGUCAGUGCUUUGAGUCCUCUGGGCAUUGAGAAAGCCUGGCUAAGCAGAGAUAAGCACUUGAGCUUGCAUCCUGUUUGCGCUAAUAUUUACUGUUGCCUAAAUUCACAUUCUCGAGACUCUUCUGUCUGCAUCGGUUUCCAGUGGAGCAAUGAGAAAGUUCUCUCAUUCUUCCCGUGGAGCCUUUUCCAUAGUCCGAACUUGACCCUUCACAUUUUCUUGUUUGUGGCAGUGUCUAUCCCUCGGCUGGCUUUUGUCUCCUAAGAGUUGCGAAGUUUGGUCCUUAAUCAAAACAAAGGCGUGGCUCUGCAGCAGGCAUCUCUCCUGGGCCCCAUCUGUAGGCUCCACACACCCGCACACAGACCCAGGAUUCCUGGUCCACACGGCCACGGUCCACGUUUCCGUGGACAGUCAUACUUAGGUGGACGGAUCCCAGUUCAGUCAUCCGGGGAGAACUUUUCUGGUCCCUCAAUAACGGGAAGGUUGCUCUGCCGGUGGCCUGGAAGUCCAUGAGUCAUUCCAUCAUUCAGAGAUGUUUACCUCGUACGUGCCCAGUGCCGUGCUCACAGCAGGACACGGCAGGGGAUGAGACAGGUCAGGUCUCAGACUUUGAGGAACUUAACAUGCCAUCGGGGCUCGUCAGUGAACAAGUAAACAAACGCGAUGACCUCACAAGCUGAUGUUGGCUAAAUUUGUGGUUUUAAGAAAGCCUGACGGCCGGAGGGCAGCUCUGGGAGAAGCCCUUCCCAGGGGCACUUGGAACCUUCUGGUUCAGAGGAGAAGGCGUCCCCUCACUUGGACUUAUGACCCGUGGCUUCGCUCCCAUUCUACCCACUGAGUUCCACAAGAUGGGCUCCUUCCGCAGGCCCAGGCCACGCUUCAUGAGCUCCCCAGUGCUCAGCGAUCUGCCCCGAUUCCAAGCAGCCCGGCAGGCUCUGCAGCUGAGCUCCAACUCGGCCUGGAACAGUGUCCAGACUGCCGUGAUCAAUGUCUUCAAAGGGGGCGGCUUGCAAAGCAAUGAGCUCUAUGCACUGAACGAAAACAUCAGGAGGCUGCUGAAGAGUGAGCUUGGAUCCUUCAUUACAGACUAUUUCCAGAACCAGCUUCUUGCAAAAGGCCUGUUGUUUGUGGAGGAGAAGAUUAAGCUGUGUGAAGGCAAGUACAAGGCGGGCUCGUACAGCGGGCUCUGUGACUCAGCCUCUGAUGUUUGGACAGCUGACGUGCUUCUGUCCAAAAGUGGCGGACUCCAAGGCCAGGAGCUGACCAUCCGCCAGAUCUCCCUGCUGGGCUUCCGCGACCUGGUCCUGCUGAAGGUGAAGCUGGGUGAUUUGCUGCUGCUGGCCCAGUCCCAGCCACCCUCAUCCAUUGUCCAGAUGUUGCUCAUCCUGCAGAGUGUUCACGAGCCCACAGGCCCCAGUGAGGGUUAUUUGCAGCUGGAGGAACUGGUGAAGCAAGUGGUGUCUCCUUUCCUGGGCAUCAGUGAGGACCGCGGCGUCUCGGGUCCCACGUCCAUGUCAGCCAGACGCCACUCCAGGGGCCGGCCCAAGGUCGCGGGCCUGAGCUACGCCUGCCCGACCCCCGCCCUCAGCCGGCCCCUGAAUGAGACGGCUCUGACCCCCCUGGCGGAGCAGGAGGGGGAGGCCUACCUGGAGAAGUGCGGCGGCGUCCGGCGGCACACGGUGGCCAACGCCCACUCGGACAUCCAGCUGCUGGCGAUGGCCACCAUGAUGCACUCGGGCCUGGGUGAGGAGCCUGGCGGGGAGGACGAGGGCCUGCUCCUGCCGCCCAGCUUCUCGCCACCGCACCGGCAAUGCUCCAGCGAGCCCAACAUCACCGACAGCCCCGAUGCCCUGCAGCAGGGGGCCGCGGGCAGCCAGGGGGACUCCGAGCUGAACUGUGCUUCCCUCAGCUGAAUGCCCACCCCCAGGACCUCCCAGCGUGAGCAGGCUCCAUGCCCCGGGGCAGGGGCGGGCCGGGCAGAGCUCCCCAAGGGCUCCUCCUGGAGGCCUAGUCCAAGUGUCCUGGUUGUGAACCUCUCCGUUUUCGUGACUGUGACCCCCCUCUUGGCAGCCACACAGACCCGACUGCCUGAUGCUCACUUUCUGCUUGCCUGACUCCGGAUCCUCCUCUGCGGGCCCUGCCCCCAGAUCAGUGCUGUCGACGCUCCCGACCAUAUCGCCCAGGGCCGCUGGCUUGAGGAUAGCGGGAGGUUGGCUGAGCCACACACAAAGCCCACAGGGAUGCACUGGCCUCCGGAGAUCCCCUGUAGGUUCUUGUGAUGCGGGGCUGCCAGGAGAAAAGAGGUGGUAGAGCGGUACCUCUCCUCCCCUGUUCUGGGUGGAGCGAAAGCAGGCAGCGGCCCCUGCCAAGCACGACGCUGGGAGCGUGCCUUCCUGUUUUACUUUCAGAAUUCCUGGAAAAGAGUUGUCCCUCUGGUGGGUGAGGGUCAUUCUGCUCGGUAUCCAGAUCCUACAUGCCGCCUUUGACUUUUGGCCCCGGGGGGCCACCCGGCUGGAGAAAAGUCCUCUUUGAUGAAGCCUCGGCACUCUUCUCUCUGGCCUCCUUCCAAGCUCAAGGAACUAACCUCCCUGGUGGAGUAGCUGGUGCCUUUGUUCAGCUCUCAUUUCAGAAACUGACCAUUUUCCUGUUAUGGGUGCGGGGCCAGUGGAUGCCAACCAAGUAGUCUGUUCCUGGAUUUGACUUGAAUUUUUUUAAUGUGCAUCGUUUCAAAAAAAAAAAAUUGUUUGCAAAUAUUUGCACGUAGGUUCUUGCAUUGCUCAUUUCCAAGGGCGUGUGUCUUCAAACUAGAAAAUAAACAACCCCCCCCCCCCCCCACUUAGGAAAAGAGCCUGGAAGUGGUUCAGGGUGCAGGUGAUCCGUGGUGGGCAGGGCUCAUCAGCUGCAGAGUGCUGGAAGCAGCUGGAUUUAAAUCCAAAAUGGCCUGUGUUUGUGAGCAUCACGGUCCAUAGCACUGAGUUAGGGAGGCUCCGUUUGCCUCAAGAGCAGAGGGUCAUAGCAAAUGCAAUGUCUCAGUGCUUUAAAGUAGGGGAAGAUGGGGGGAGAUGUGGGCAGGACCUUUUGGAGAGAGGUUCGUUCCCUGUGAUUAAAGAAGUGCCUGGAAUUUCUAACAUCUGAGCUCUCAAAAUGCUGUUUGGGGCAGCAGGCUUUGGUACUGUGCUGAAUCCUUAACACUGCUCCCUCUGGGUCUGGGCUUUUUAUCCACCUAGAAGCCCUCUUCUCUUUGUAUUUGCCUGUUGGCCCCACCAAUAACAGCUCCAGAAAAAAGAGAAGGCUUUCCCGAGUCCUUCUGGUACCUUCUAGGUGUCCUGUUAGUCUUUGGAAACUGUUAAUGAGACAUGAGCCAGCUUGGCUUCCAAUAUGGCAGGAGGUGGCUGGGAGAGGACGAGGACAGUGUGAGCUGCCAGCAGGGAAGGCGGCCUUCUAAGCAUAUCUAAGCCUUGACAGCACAUCCCUUCUGGGUGAAGAGCUGGAAUAUGACCAGAGUCAUGCUUUGGAUGGCUUGUACUUUUGGAAAGUUAGUUUAAAACGUUGUCUCAUUUUUAUUCUUCUAAGAGAACGUGGAAAGAAAUGUCCAAAGGAGACCUUCUGAGAAUUUCAAACAAAAAAUAAGGUCUGCGUAUGUGUUGGAUGAAGUCCACAAAUUGACUAACGUGCAUUAGCAAUAGAACAUCAGUAAGUAACAACAGGAUGAUUUAUUUGACUGCUGGUGUCUGUGCUUACUGGCACUCGGGACUAGUAUUUAUCGAUCCAGGCGAAGUCAUUAAUCAUGCUUGGGUAUGCUUCUUUAGUUUCCAACGUUAAUGAUACACACGCUUGUAAAUGCCUUGUUCUUAUACUAAAUGCCCCUGAUGGGGCCAGCAACCAUCGGUUAAACACGUGAGCGCUCAGGCUGAGAACGGGAGUGUCAGUGUAGACCCAGUGUACUUAAUUGCUGACUGUGAGCCAGUUUACAACUUCACCUUUGAUGUCUGUGCCUGAUCCUGUGCCGUGGAUAUUUCAGACUGUACAGAAACACUUUUGUUGAUGUUGACGGGCAUUUUAGCCAUCAGACCUGUCGCGAGAGCGACAGCGGUGGUGCUGGCAAGCACUUUUUCGCCCCUUUAUGAGACGAAGCUAGGAUCUUCUGGUGGCUGCGCUUUAAUGACAGGAAGCUAUCCCGACUCCAAGCUCUGGGUGAGCUCACAGACCAAAAACCUUUCAUGUUGUCUGUUUCCAAAAUAGAUUCAAUAAACAUCAUUUUGUACACGU